CCUGAGUUGACGAGGUGGAUGGGACCUUGAUCAACGCCAGGGCGCGGUUGGCCGCCACUAAAGGGGCAGCCUAUGACCUGUGUUACGGAGCAACUGAAGCGAGGAACUUGCACUUGUUCGCCAUGAGAUGGGUGUAGAAGCUGAUGGGUGAUAAGCCAAACCUUGAGCCUUGAGAUUUUAUAUAGCUCUGGCAUUGAUGCGAUCCAAAAACGUCAAGCAGGGGUGCGUGGUUAAGUCACUGGAACAACUCGGGUGACUUGAUCACUCGGUGGGUUGUCUCAUUGCCGGAGUCUCGUGAAAGCAUUGGGAGAUACCGAUGGAUCGAUGGAUUUGUAGAGGCGUUAGGUAAGACAACUGACUGUGCUCAGGGACUCCAUCAGAAAAUGGAAAGCGGCCACGGAAAAUGCCGAAAAAGUCACUACUGCACAGCAUUUUCCUCAGACGCCUCGUUGGAAACUCACCCGCUCUUAAUUUUCUUCCAUCUUCCGGGAACCCUUUCCGGCUCGUUCAGUCUAGGAGGCCCCCUUGGAAUUCGUGAAAACUCUUCUCCAUUGUUGCUCCGCUUUUCAAUUCCUGGUCGUCAGAUGGAUACGGCGAGUCCACUCUCGUUGUCACCCCCACCGAUCCAGCCAGCACAAGCAUCUGCUACUAUUCGAAGGCAUCACACCAUCUCUACCGCUACAAGAAGCUUGCGCGCGUCUGGGAAGGCGGUCAUCAGUGAAGAGCCUCAGGAGUGGAAUGAAGGUGAUGAAGAGGAAGAAUGGGCAGCGCCCCUGGCUCAAACCGCCCCCAUCGGUGCGGUUGGAGAGCAAAAAGGCCUUCAUCGACAAGCAUCAUUGCCAGCUGGGUACACGAGAGAGUUGCGCCAUGUCCGCUCCUCGGCUCACGUCGGCAACCGCGUCAAUAGUCUGUCUGCUAUAACAGCAGAGCACGUUGAUGAAGAAGGCGCUGACGAGGGGGAUUGGGAGCAGGAGAUUCCCUGGAACAGGGAAGAAGACGAGCAGAUUCACACUUCCCCGCCAGCUGCCCGCGUUUCUCGACCCGUUGUGCAACGGGGACAAACGAUGAAUGGCCUUUCCCCAUCGCCUAUCAGUUCAACAUUUACACUGCCCCAUCCUAAUUCCCCACCACCCUCAGCGGGCGCAAAUGUUCGUCGUCACCAAAGUCUUACCUAUGGUGCUGCGAACAGCGGUACAGGUCACAGGCUUGUCCGCGCUGCAACUGGAAGUAGGCGGGCUGGAAGAGUGCAUGAAGCCCUUGCUGUUCCUCGCACCGCCAGUCCUGUCGAGGAUGACGACGAAACCUCGGCCCCUUCCAGUCCAGCUCGUUGGGCAGAUGCUGGAGGAGGAUACAAUAGUCCGUCUAAGCAUGUAUGGAAAGGGAAAGAGGAUCCCAUCGGCGAACUCUCGAAGGCCCUUGGUGCAUUAGAGAUGCAGACCCAGGACUCGCGUCAUGGCGAUCAGGCAGGCUCCCAGUUUCAGAUCCUUCACAGUACGUCUACGUCCACCCCACCUUCCUCUACCCCUCCCCGAUUUGUGCAGUCGCCAGGGAUCGGUCCUAGCCAGGACCUCCCACGACCCGCAUAUACCCAGCCAUAUUCGACUCCAGCCCUUCAUCUCGCUACCAGUGGCCAGAAUCAGAUAAGGGGUCCUGUCAGCGCCUCGCCUUACGUCCCUCCAAUUGGUCGACGGCAAUCCCAAACCUCGGAAAGCUCUUACGCAAGCGAUAUUCUCCGCUCUCAUACACUUCCUGAACCUUCCUCAAAGGUAGCCUCCAACGACCCCCUUGGGGUCCAUGGCUACGUCGGGAAUCAGACAACGUUUGGAUACAGCCCGUUGUAUCCUAACUCUUUCUUGGACCCAUCUCUCAACCUCAAUCUCGGCGCAUCCGGCUAUAAUAGUCCAGGCAUGAAUUCAAGCCCUGGAAUAGGCAUGGUUUUGCCAUAUGGCACGCCUGUAAAUGGAGCUUCCAGAGCCGGAAAUUUCAUAAGCCCUAUCGGGCCCCCUCCUACAGAGACUCGAUACGCGCUUAAUGGAGGUGAUCAAGAAACGGAAUCUUUUAUCACCAGUCCCAUAGAUAUCCAGUCGCUUAUCCAGCAGAAAGGUUAUAAUCCUGUCAGCUUCAAUACUCGCCCUCAAGACGCUCGUUAUUUUGUAAUCAAAUCCUACACGGAAGAAGAUGUACAUAAAUCGCUGAAGUACGAGAUUUGGAGUUCGACAGAUCCUGGAAACAAACGACUGGACAAGGCGUUUCGUGAAAAUGCUGGUCGCGGGCCUAUCUAUCUCUUCUUCAGCGUCAAUGCCAGUGGACAUUUUUGCGGUGUGGCAGAGAUGUUGACACCCGUUGAUUACACCCGAACUAGCACAGUUUGGGCACAGGACAAGUGGAAAGGAGUCUUCAAGGUGCGAUGGAUCUUCGUUCGUGAUAUCCCGAAUGCAGUGCUCCGCGGGAUCCGUCUAGAGAACACUCAAGAACGUAAACCAGUGACAAAUUCGCGGGAUACGCAAGAGCUGCCAAAAGAGGCUGGGAACGAGAUGCUACGAAUCUUCCUGACGCAUGCGGCGAAAACAUCGCUCCUUCAAGAUCUCGCUUACUACGAGAGCAAAUCACCGAACAAAGAUGGCGAGAACUCGCAACCUGCUGCGCCUCAGCGCCAUAAAAGACAUUAUCAACAGCAGCAACAGCAACAGCAACAGCAGCAGACUCAGCGAGAUCAGCAACCUCAGCCAUAUUAUCAACAAAGACAACAGUCCCCACCCCAAUACUAUGUAUUAGAUGGUCGUGCCGAGAAUGCUCUGCUCCAACGGGAACAGCUCCAGCAGCUGUUGCAACCACAGCAAAUGCAACAAUCGCAAGGACUUCAUAGCCCGCCCCUGCUGCCCCGUGAUAACAACGGGCUACCGACAACUCCAUAUGAUAUCCAGAAUCAGAUGAAUUUCGGUUAUUUUGGCACAUUAUGAAGCAUUGAUUUUGCGUUCGUUUUUGACGCCCCUUCAGCUAUGAUCCUCCAUGGAUUGCAUUCUCCCCACUCUCCGCCGGAUGAGUGCCUGCUAAUUGUCCGGCUUUCAUUACUGCCCCAUCUACCCGCCCUGGUUCUCGGUGCUCAAUUUAUGUACUCGGAACGCCUUUUAAUCCGACUUGUCAUUUCUUAUUUGGCUCCUUCGUUCUAUUCAUAUAGCUAGCCACGUACCCGCAUGGACAGCAUGAACGGACUGCUUUCAAUUUGUGUACGUUUGAUACGUUGUUCUUGGUUCUGCUGGAUCAUGGUUGUAGUGUAAUUCAAUGC